GGUGUCCGCAGCUGCGGGGGCGCCGGGCGGACCAGGCUGGAGGGCACGACCUAAAACUGGGAAAAACCCCACUGUUGGUCAACAAGUGAGCGGAAGAGCGUGAACCCUGCCAGGCAGCAGAAAGAGCCCAGCUUCGGUCCCUGUGGCAACAUGAGUGGAUCUCACUCAUUUGGUGUGAAUAACCCUAUACCCUCCAAUCUGAAAUCAGAAGCAAAGAAGGCUGCUAAAAUAUUGAGAGAAUUCACAGAAAUAACUUCCGGAAAUGGACCUGAUAAGAUCAUUCCCGCCCACGUCAUCGCCAAGGCUAAAGGCCUUGCGGUUCUGUCUGUGGUCAAGGCUGGGUUUCUGGUGACCGCCAGAGGAGGCAGUGGGAUCGUCCUGGCACGUCGUCCAGAUGGAAACUGGUCUGCACCUUCAGCCAUUGGGAUAGCCGGGCUCGGUGGGGGAUUUGAAGUAGGAAUUGAGGUGUCUGAUUUGGUAAUAAUUCUGAAUUACGACAGAGCCGUGGAAGCUUUUGCUAAAGGUGGUAACCUGACCCUGGGAGGGAACUUCACCGUGGCCGUCGGGCCCUUGGGAAGGAAUUUGGAAGGCAAUGUCGCCCUGAGGAGCUCUGCUGCCGUCUUUACAUAUUGCAAGUCAAGAGGACUCUUCGCGGGCCUGUCCUUAGAAGGGAGCUGCCUGAUUGAAAGGAAAGAGACUAAUCGAAAAUUUUAUUGUCAAGAUAUCCGAGCUUAUGACAUUUUAUUUGGAGAUACACCUCAGCCUGCCCAAGCAGAAGAUCUUUAUGAAAUUCUUGAUUCCUUUACUGAAAAGUAUGAAAAGGAGGGACAAAGAAUCAACGCGAGAAAAGCAGCCCGGGAGCAGAGGAAGGCAACUGCUAAAGAAUUACCUCCAAAACCACUGUCGAGACCUCAGCAACCAUCUGGAUCAGUCCAGCUGAACACAGGCUUUCAAAGUAACAGAAAUGAACACAAGCUCUAUCCUGAACUUUCCAGCUGUCACGAGAGAGUUGGCAAUUCAAAUCCACCUGUGGAAGUGACAGCUCUAUAUUCCUUUGAAGGACAACAGCCCGGGGACUUGAGUUUUCAAGCUGGAGACAGAAUCAUAGUCAUAUCCAAAACAGAUUCGCAGUUCGAUUGGUGGGAAGGGACACUUCGAGGCCAAACUGGCAUUUUUCCAGCCAACUAUGUUACCAUGAAUUGAAGAUUAUUUUAUUUUCUUCCA